UUCUCUAACUACUGCUUAUACUAACUGUUUGCUCAUUUCAGAAAUGAGUAAUCCACUUGUUGUUGUAUUCACACUGUCUGGCUUCAAUGCGACAGCCAACUACAGAGGCACACUGUUAUCUCUCACUGUAUUGACGUAUUGUGUGAUCUUGCUGGUGAACGUGUGUCUCAUUUUAACCAUAGUACUGGACAAGACCCUUCAUGAACCCAUGUAUAUUUGUUUGUGUAACCUGUGCGUGAACGGGAUCUACGGCACUGUGGCCUUUUACCCCAAAUUUGCGUCUGACCUUCUCUCCGACAUUCAAGUGAUAUCAUAUGUGGGCUGCUUUUUGCAGUACUUUGUCAUAUACUCCUACGCAACUAUUGACUUCUCAAUUUUAGCCCUGAUGGCCUACGACCGAUAUGUGGCCAUAUGUCGCCCGCUGAAGUACCACUCCAUCAUGUCGACGAGGAGGACGGCUGCAUUCGUGUGUCUGACGUGGCUGGUGCCGCUCGGCUGCGAGGUCAUCGUUGUGUCGCUGACGUCCACGCUGGACUUGUGCGGCUCGCAGAUAAAUAAACUCUACUGCGAGAACUGGGCCGUCGUCAAACUGGCUUGCAGCUCGACGAUGGCGAACAACAUCGUCGGGCUGCUCGUUAUCUCCUUCUACAACGGCCACGUGGUCUUCAUCCUGAGCUCGUACGUGCGAGUGGUGAAGGCGGCGUUGAGCAGCAGGGACAGCAUGAGGAAGUUCACGCAGACGUGUGUGCCACAUUUGUUGUGCUUGAUUAACGUCACGGCUGCCCUGCUCUUUGACACCAUGUACUCCAGGUACGGGUCGACAUCUGUGCCGCAGAAUGUGAGGAACUUCAUGGCGAUACAGUUUCUCAUGCUCCCACCGCUACUUAACCCCAUUAUUUACGGACUGAUCCUGACUAAAAUCAGAACUAGAGUGAUAGCUUUGUGUUUGAUGGCAGGUCAAAGGAUUAAACUAAGCCUGAAGGUUUGAUAUACAAGCGUCAAUGAGACUUUUGUUGUUUUGGUUAUUUGGUAAUUGGUUGUUAUUUAAUGCCUGAGCUUCCACUGAUAUAGACAGUGGAGAAUGAGUUGUGCUCUACUCUGUGUUUCAGCUGAUUUG